UUUCAGGUUACCUGUUACCGAAUCAUCCCUUGCCGCGUGUUCUCACGUGCAUGGGGCUGGCUGAGCAACUGCCACGUACCUGGGCCACUGCGUAGCUAUGUAUACGGUCUGUACUCUUCAAUGUACGGUGUCAACCUGGACGAAAUGGCAGGAGACCUCACAGACUAUCCAAGCCUCGCCCAAUUCUUCACUAGAGAGCUCAGGCAGGGCGUUAGGCCAAUAGACUUGUCAAACUGUGUUGUGUCUCCAGCAGACGGCAGAGUGCUGAACAAUGGAAAGAUCUGCUCCUGUCAUGUGGAACAGAUUAAGGGUGUAACAUACAAGAUCCAGAGGUUCCUGGGGGAGCCAACCUGGCCGUCCGACAAGUUCGUGCGGGAGGUAGCAGCCGGAUGGUCAAAGAGCAACAGGAUGGACGAGAACGACAACGAGGUGGUGGCAAAUAAAAACAAACGAGUAGUUCCUGAAGGGUACUGGGGAGGAAUAGAUAUUGUGAGAUACUUGUUCAGGCCUGUGGAGGAGGAGUGCUACGUGACUGAGAACUGGGAAGAGUACAAGUCCCAGUUGCUGACAGAUCCGAGGAACGAGUUAUACCAAACUGUGGUGUACCUGGCGCCUGGCGACUACCACCGCUUCCACUCUCCUACUCACUGGCAAGUCAAGUUCAGGAGACAUUUUCAAGGUGAAUUAUUGAGUGUGAAUCCUCUGAUUGCGGGCUGGGUACCAGAACUGUUCAGCCUCAAUGAAAGGGUGGUGUACGUGGGAGAGUGGGAACACGGGUUCUUCAGCAUGACAGCUGUGGGAGCAACAAACGUCGGUUCUAUCAGGGUACACAGUGAUAAGACGUUACACACUAACACUCGCAAGUGGAGAGAUGGCUCCAGGCACAGAGACAAAUACAUGAAUGUUGUCUGGAAGAAGGGGGAGGAGGUGGGAGAGUUCAGGAUGGGUUCUACGAUAGUUCUCAUCUUUGAAGCUCCGAAAGACUUCUCCUUCAAUGUUGGACAAAAUCAGAGAGUCAAGGUUGGAGAAGCUUUGACAUGUCCGUUAAGAAAUUGCAGUAAUUGAUGUAAAUUGUAGAUGAGAUGCGGUAUUCUUUGCUGAACAUCUAAAAAUCGAUGUUUCUCUCUUCAGUGUACUUACUUACACUUUGUUGAUUCCGUCAAGUUGUGAUGAAUGCGAUGAUCUUAGGUAUAAAGUAGUAUAGGCAAAGUAUAUUUUUAAAAUACUGUUUCAAAUGCAACUUAAGUUUAUACUUUACUGAAAUAGUGUUUUUGAAAACAGUCAACUUCCGAUUAUGAGAUGAUUAAGGAGGCAGUGAUCACAGUAAACUUAAAAUCAUGGUUGAGAUCACUGAAAAUGGAUACAAAUUUUGUACAAGCCACUGUUGUAAAUCAAUCAAUAAUUACGAUAAGUUGUGUAGAGCUACCUAAAGUCUUAAACUUGGCAGCAUUGGUAGUUGUUAGAUUUCCUUGAAUAAAGCUGCAGAUAUAUGGUAGUGCUAUCUCUAGUGUUGAUCAAGCAAGCAGAAGUAGUUUUGUAACAAAAAAAGAACACUAUUAAUUAAUUGGGUCUUUACAAUAAGUCAAACAAUACAAAAAGAAGUUUCUCCUAAGCUGACUGAUUUGAAUAGUUUGUUAUAAUGGAUAUUGUUGAUUAAUGAUGAACAGAUGUGCUAUGUAAAUAUGUCAUGUUGUGUUAUUGUUGUA